AUGAAUUUAACUUCAUCCAAGGGCAACUGCACCAAGGUGAAGCGGUUUGUGAGCUCCGAUUUAGGGAGCUACAUCGUCAACGUGACCAGCGCCGCGGAGAUGUGCAGCCUGCGCCUCUGCAGGAACAACGGGAGGUGCGUGCGGAAGGCCUGGAAAGCCCCGCAUUACCUGCACCUGAACCCUGUCAGUUUCCACAUAGAGGCCUCUGAGGACGGAGAGUUCCAUGUGAAAGGAGAGGCGUCCGAGGCAGACCUGGCAGCGAUGGCGCAGAAGUUCUCCUGUCACUGUUACCAGGGAUACGAAGGCGCUGACUGCAGAGACCUGGACACUGCUGACACCUGCUCCGGGGGCUGCCCUCCCCCUGGCUCCCUGGGAACGCUGUGUCUGCUGCUGUUAGCAGGUCAUUCCAGCAUCCGGCUGUGA